ACGUCGGUGCCACCCGCGAAGAUGAAAUGUGAGCCCCGGUGGCCCAGGACUCAGGAGCGGGCUGCCUCGUCUUCCGCCUGAACGCCGCGGGCAGAGACAAAGAGACCUCGGUCCCAGCGCGAUCCCGCGCGGGCCGGCCCGGGUUCCCCUCGUAGGCUCCCAGGGCAAUGGCCCCGUCUCCCCGCGACCCCCGUGUCGGGAGUGCUGCCCUCUCCCUCUGACCGCCCUCCAGCCCCUCCGCGUCUGGGGCUCUCCCUUCGCUCCCAGCCCCCUUUCCAGUCUGUCUGUCCGUCUGUCCUGGCGCGCAACCUCCGGCCACCGGCUUGGAUGGACGCGCGGAGACUGCCCGGGUGUCCAGGGAUCUUGCUUCCGAAAUUGGUCCUGCUCUUUGUCUACGCAGAGGAUUGCCUUGCUCAGUGUGGGAAAGACUGCAGAUCUUACUGCUGUGAUGGAACCACACCCUACUGUUGCUCCUACUACGCUUAUAUUGGGAAUAUCCUCUCGCUGCCAUUCCAUUUUGCUGAUUUUACGAUAUGGAGUUCUCGUAGGGGUACAGCAAUUGCUGGCAUAGUGUUUGGAAUUGUAUUCAUCAUGGGGGUCAUAGCUGGAAUUGCCAUAUGUAUCUGCAUGUGUAUGAAAAACAACCGCGGGACCCGGGUGGGCGUCAUCAGGACCACCCACAUCAAUGCCAUCUCCUCCUAUCCUGUGGCACCACCCCCCUAUAGUUAUGACCAUGAGAUGGAAUACUGUGCCGACUUGCCACCUCCCUACUCCCCGACCCCACAGGCUUCAGCACAGCGUUCUCCACCCCCUCCUUACCCUGGAAAUUCAAGAAAACAAUCCUUCUCCCAGAACAGAAUAUGUGCCAAUCAGAGAUCUUGCCUGGAAUAAAAUGUCUUUACUCAGAAACAGGAAAGGAUUGCUCUAAGGAUUACUUUUUUGGGUCAAACAAUAUGUCAGGUGGAAUAUCCAGGCUAAGAAAUACUGAGUUUUUACCCCUCUCUGAGCUGACCCCAUCUGGAAUACUGCUUGGUUCAAUGGUAUCACUUUUGAAGAGAGGUACUGAUCAAUGCAGUCACAUUCAGAGAAGAGUAAUGAGACAGACAAAACAUCUGAAAAUCAUAUUGCUUAAGGAAACUGCAAUACUGAUCCUGGAAAAGAGAAGAAUGAUGUAAGAGAGAAUAGCCUGGAGUACAUAAGGAAACAACUAUAUUCUGUGUAGCUUUAAAAGUCAGAACUAGAAUUAUUCAUUCUUUUGUUCAUCAAUAAAUACUGUUCAAGUGCAUGAGAGCCUACUCUGUGCCUUUCACUGUUUAAAGCACUGGUUGGAAGCUACAGAAACUUUGGUUUCUGGAUAAGAACAAGGAACUUUGGUUUCAGGAUAAGAAAGAGGAGUUGGAGCUUCCUUAUUGACUAGAUUGUUUUGUGAAGUUUCCUAUUACCAAGACUUCAAACAGAAUCUAUCUGGAAGAGACAUGUUCUAGAAAGGACAGCUAAAUCAAAUGGUAGAUGGGUCCACUGGGCCCCAAACAUUCUGCUCAUGGUUUAGUUAAGUGUGAAGUAAAUUUCUGUGCCUCCAAGAAUGAAAACAUUUAGAACAGUUUAAUCUUAUCUAUUUAAUUUGACAAGUUAAAACAGGAUCAAAGGGACUCAACAGCUGCUUGAAGCCAAGAACUCUUCAGUGCUAGCUACUGCCACCUAAAAAUCAUCUGACUUUAAUUAGUGUUUUAUUAUGACAAAAGUUAUUCCAACUGCGGGGAAAAAUCACUGUAUCAAGUUCUACAAGCAACAGAUACUUCAUUUCAGAUUAAAAGAUUAGAAGCUGAAUAUUCCCAUGGGAUUUUACAUCAGGGAGUAAAACUGUAGAACUUGAUUGUGAAGAUAUAUAACAGUUUAUGAAAAGAAGAAGGGAAAAUGAAAUUUGCUUUCUGUUCUGUGGAAUUCCAUUCAUAUGUAGCUUAGACAGAUUUGCUUCCCUUCUGUAAUAUUUUGAAAAUAUAUUCCCUUGAAAAAGUUAUACAGUUAGUAGAAAGGUUAAAACAUUGACAUCAAACUGUUGCCUUUUGCCAAAAUCCAAAUGUUAUGAAGUGCCUACCUUAAAGUAUAAAAUUUUGGCUAAAUAAUUCUAAUGCACUGUAUUUUGCUGCAAGUGACCUUAAUAUUUAUAUUUUUAUGUGGGCCCUUUCAUACAUUUAAAAUUUACAUUGACAAAAUAUUGGGGGAGAGUGAUGCCACCAAAAUGGUGACAUACAUCAUUCCUGAAUUUGCUCCCCCUCACAAGAACAAUUAACAGCUAUCCCAAAACAAGACAUCAUAGAGAGAAUCCUAGAACACAGGACUGAGGCUGAAGAAUACCCCACACACAGACUUCAGAGACCGAGGUAGACUGUAUUGGAGGGGUAAGAGAAGUUACUGCAUGUUGAUUGUAUUGCCCGCUCCCCAGGACAGUGCAGCACCAUGGGGAGAGGUGAUUCCUGAGCCUCCAGUUCCUCCAGUGGAAAAGAGAACCCAAGAGGGAACAACCAGCACUGCCACCCCCCCCAGCAUUGUAUGUCACUCUGUGAGCACCCCUACUCUCAUCCCAUACCACUGGAAUUGCAGGGCUCAGCCACUGGAAAUAUAACUAUGACAGAGAAUGAGGGCGGAGCUUACAACAACCAGCACAUGGAUGUCGGCAGACCAAGUUCAUAUUGGCAGUGCCCAAAGAGUAAUCUCAACCAGUGGCUUUGCUCAUCUGUAGAACUAAGCUAGAAGUACACUCUGGGGAACUUGGAGAGGUAUAGAUCUGCCUGAUUCAGAUCCUCAAACAAGAUUUUUGCCAGCCCUACAGCCCAGUUUGCUCAUACCUAGGCAGGGUACUGAGUCACAGCCCCACACACUGUGGAGAGUGCCUUCAGCACCAUCUGACCAGAAGGGCUAGAGACAACUCCUGGAUGCUGUGUGGCCCAGUGGCACUUGAGCUAAGAGAAGAGCAGACAGAGCCAGUAGUUUGCAGAGCCAUUGGCCUCAUUUGGCCAGGGAACUUAAGGCGUGGGUCUUCUUGAAUUAAGACAACAAAGAGCUUUACCAGUUUUACAGCUGCUUCUCCUAUUGCACACAGAAAGGGAAUCUAAUUCAUGGCCUUGCUCAUGGCUAAAUAUAGCCUUCAGCUAUCUGACCAGGGAACCUAACCAGAGCACAAGGGAAGCCAUAUAGUCCAUCUAACAGCCCUACAUACAGUGGUGCUUAAACAGUGAGCACAGCUUCCUCCAUCUGCAGAGCAUCACCUGAGCAGGGAAUUCAGUGGACACUCAGGCCUGAUUUGAAGGCCCCAAACAAUGACCUCUAUGUGCCCUGAACCUUGGCUGCUGCCCUGCCAAAGCAGGGAAGCAGGGAACAUAACUCCAUCUACUACUGAAUACAGACCCAGUCCCAACGGUCUAGUAAGCCUGAGCAGAGAAUAAGGCAACUGAGGACCCCAUCCUACAGCCUCAUUUGGAUAGGGAACCAAGCCAGGAGUCAUAUCCAACUAUUUUCAUGCAGUGCUACAAUACCCCAUCCCUAUCCUCAGAAUUUGAAGAGUUGCCUUGCCCAAAGCAGUCCAUAAUAGCAGGCCCUGCCUGCCCAAAGGCAUUACCAACAGACACACCCAGAAAAAUAAAAUGAGCUGACUAGCGAAGAACUCUCUGUGCCAAAGCAAACCUAUAAAAUCUGGAAGAAGAGAUUAAUUACUCAAAUUCUCAGAUACCAACACAAGAAAUCAAGGAUCAUGAAAAAUCAGGUAAAUAUGACGCCACCAAAGCAAACUAUUAAAGCUCCAAGAACUGACCCUAAAAAAAAUGGAACCCUAUAAACUAUCAGACAAAGAAUUCAGAACAAAUCUCUUAAAGAAUUUUAGUGAACUUUGAGAGAAGAGAGACAGAAAACUAACAAAAUUAGGAAAACAAUGCAUGAACAGGAGAAGUUUGACAAGGAAAUAGCAACCAUCAAAAAAACAAAAACAGAAAUCUCAGAGUUGAAAAAUACAAUAAAUGAACUGAAGAAUUCAAUAGAGAGUUUCAAAAGUAGAUUCAAACAUGCAGAGAAAAAAUCAAAACCCUGAAGGAUAGGAUAUUGGAAAUUACCCAAGGAGAAAGAAAAAAUUAAAAAUAGCAAAGAAAGCCUAUGGAAAUUAUAUGACAAUGAAAAGAAACAAUAUGUGCAUCACAGGAAGUCCAGAAGGAAAAAAAGAGAAAGGGACAGAAAGCAAUAAUGGCUGACAACUUCCUGAACCUAGGGAGAAAAAUGGAUAUAUAGAUCCAUGCGGCCCAAAGGAUCCCAAACAGUUUGAACCUAAGGAUAGAGGGCUACACUGAGACACAUUAUUAUAUAGUCAAAAGUCAAAGACAAAAUAUUUUUUAAUAGCACCAAGAGGAAAGAGAGAACUUACAUACAAGGAACACCCCCAUAAGACUAUUGGAUUUCUCAACAGAAACUCUUCAGGCCAGGAGAAAAUGGGAUGCCGUAUUCAAAACAUUGAAAGAAAAUAACUGUCAACCAAAAUUCUAUACCUGGAAAAGCUGUCCUUCAGAAAUGAAGGAGAGAUAAAGACUGUCUGAACAAACAAAAGCUGAGGGGGUUAAUUACAACCAGACCUACCUUACAAGAAACAAAAACACAAAAAGGUAACAUGAAUCUCACUGGCAAUGACAAAUAUAUAGUCAUAACUGGAUUCUGCAAUAUGGUAAUAGUGAUACAUCACUCACUCACAACUCUAGUUUAAAAUUUUUUUAAAGGAAUGUAGCAAAAAUAACCAUAAAUACAAUAAUCUGUUAUUAGUUACACCAGCUAAAAGAAAUAAAUUAUAACAGCAAUAAUCUAAAAUGUGAGGGGCAGAAGUAAAAGUAUAAAGUAUAAAAAUUGUAUUUAUUAAUAGGCUUAAUAUAGGUUUAAAAUAGGGUGUUAUGAGUUUAAGAUAUAUUAUGCAUGCCUCAUGGUAACCACAAGGGAAGAUCUUGAGGUAAUCACACAAAAGAACACAAUAAAUAAGUCAAAGCAUACUGAUACCAAAAAAAUCGAAACACAAAAAAAGAAAGAAGGUUAAGAAAGAACAAAGGAUCUACAAAAAAAUGAGGAA